UUAUGGGGGGGUGCACAGCUUUAUGGACACUUACGUAGUUAGUAACUGACUGGUCUAGGUCCAUAAAGCUGCGCCCACCCCGUGCCUCACCAGCAAGGAUGGUUGACCACCGCAAUUGCGAGAUCCCCUUUCUCCCAUCUUGGCCAACAUCUUGCCACAGAUACCUUACCACAGACAGCAACAACACUGGAGCGACGGCAUGGGGAAGCCUCUCACCCCACAGAAGAGGGCAGCCAUAGUUGCACUGCAUAAAGCAGGCAAGAAUAAGUGUGAAAUAGCGAGACUGGAAAACGUGAGCCUCACCGCUGUUAAGAGGACUAUCAAAGUUUACAGCAAUCAGGAUUCGAACAACGCAACCUCAUACCAGUCAAAGAAACCAUCUGGCAGACCAAAAAAGUCUCAACCUUCUGAGAAUGAGUUGGAGGUCAGCCAUUGGAGCAACCAAGGGGAUCCACUUUCCCUACCUGCGAUCGUUCUCAACCCCGACGACUACCACCCCCUCACAAAUGCCUCCGGAGCUCUCUCGUGCCUUGUAGUAGAGUUGGUCAUAUGCACGCUCAACCCCUUCAACAAACGUGAUACCAUAUCCACCAUACCGAAGAUUUUUUCUCGAAUGCGGAGGGGGGAAGGAGGGCGACAGAUGGCGCAUGUACAUACACGGACAAGGCCGUGCGCAUGGCUGACCCGCGAAAACAAGGCAAACAGUAACAGCAGAGUAGGUCGAAAGCUGGAGCUGACCUUGAUUGCGAACCUGAAAGUGAUCCUGACGGGGAAAACAACAUGUAAUAAUGUCUCUGUCGGUUGUACGCCUCCGUAUAUGACCUCGAUGUAGAAAUUUGAAUAGCUAUUUGGAAACCACAUUCAUUCUUCACAUGGUCCUUUACCCACCGUUUGCUCUCACGAUUCAUUCCACAUGCGACUAGUCGCCAUGCCUUUCAUAU